AUGUCGACCAACAUCUCUCCCAACUUUUUCAAAAUUGCUGCUUUCCAAAAUUCAUGUCCUAAUGUUUUUCAAAAUCAGGACACGAUUUCUCUCGCUGAUGUUGGGUUUGAGAGGCCAACCUUACCGGUUGUGGCCGAUAACAAUAAUAUCGAUGUUCUUAACAAUCUAAUGCAGUCCCAAUUGGAGCCGGAGCUGCUGCAUUCACAAUAUCAGUCACAAACCUUGGAAUCUCAGAUGUCAGAAGAAGCGGUAAUUCAAACUUUGCCAUUCAUUGAGCAAUUGGAGCGAGAGAAGUCGGAGCCUAUUGCGAAAGACAACAUAGAGGAUCCGGAAAAUCUGGAACUAAAGCUCUAA